CACACAUGGUCCUCCCAUGGAGCUUGAGAAUAUGAAUAUGAUUGGAUGAAACACAUCCCAAUUUGGUUGUUUUCUGUGGAAACAUAAACACCUGAUAAUGCUUUCCCCAAACUCAAAAUCACCAUCACCACCAACAACAACACUCUUCUUUCAUUUCAUUUCAAACUCUUAAUCAUUUCCAACAUAUUCAAAUCUAAACACAGCUAGGUUUCACUUUUUUUCUUCUUCUUCUUAUUAAUAUUCUCAGAUUCAAACUGGUUUUUAUUUUGACAUCCUCAUCAACUAACGGUUGGUUUGUCAAUUGUGAUGAAAGCCAUUUGCUCAAUUUCCAAACACUGGAAAGAUAUAUAGUUUUGAUGAGUGUAUUGAGUGCUUGAGCAGCUUUUACUUGCUGGGCCAAUCUGAACUAUACAUUUGUGAUUGUAGAGUUGGAAUAAACUGACCAAUAUGGUAAAUCCAUCAUUACGAGGGGGGGUUAUAAGAAAACCAAAUGAAACAAUGAGGCUAGUUGUGACAACUUUCAUUGGAAUUGUAUUUGGUUUCUUUUUAGGAGUAUCAUUUCCAACACUUUCAUUAACUAAGAUGAACCUCCCUUCCGGCCUCUUUCCUUCAAUUGAUCUUACAUAUAUUGAGGACAAGUACUCGGGCCUGUCAACUCGAGCUUUUUUCAAAGCUUUCUCAUCUUUGAGGGGUAACAGAGGCGAUUUCAAUCAAGUUUACUCUUUCAACGAUACAAAGAUCUGGGUUCCAACAAAUCCUCGCGGGGCUGAAAGACUACCGCCUGGCAUAAUUGCUUCCGAAUCAGAUUUCUAUCUUCGCCGAUUGUGGGGUCUGCCCAGUGAGGAUUUAACCGUCACACCAAAAUAUCUUGUCACUUUUACAGUUGGUUAUAGCCAGAAAAAAAAUAUCGAUGCUGCUGUUAAAAAGUUUUCAGAGAAUUUCACCAUUCUGUUGUUUCACUAUGAUGGUCGAACAAGUGAAUGGGAAGAGUUUGAGUGGUCAAAAAGGGCAAUCCAUGUGAGCGUCCCGAAGCAAACUAAAUGGUGGUAUGCAAAACGCUUUUUGCAUCCUGACAUCGUUGCAGCUUAUGAUUACAUCUUUUUGUGGGACGAGGAUCUCGGUGUGGAGCACUUUAAUGCAGAGGAAUACAUAAAAUUAGUGAAGAAACAUGGUUUGGAGAUUUCGCAGCCGGGAUUGGAACCAAAUAAGGGAUUAACAUGGCAGAUGACUAAAAGGAGAGGUUAUAGUGAAGUUCACAAGGAUACAGAGGAGAAGCCUGGUUGGUGUACUGAUCCACAUUUGCCACCAUGUGCAGCAUUUGUUGAGAUUAUGGCAACUGUGUUCUCGCGUGAUGCAUGGCGAUGCGUUUGGCAUAUGAUUCAGAAUGAUCUGGUACAUGGAUGGGGUCUGGACUUUGCCCUUCGAAAAUGUGUCGAGCCUGCUCAUGAGAAGAUAGGAGUUGUAGAUUCACAGUGGAUUGUUCAUCAAAGUGUUCCUUCACUUGGUUCCCAAGGGAAAUCAGAAGCUGGGAAACAACCAUGGGAAGGGGUGAGGGAGAGGUGCAGAAAGGAAUGGAGAAUGUUUCAAGAUCGGAUAUCCAACGCCGAGAAAGCAUAUUUUGAUUCAGUGGGAAUUGAUCCACCAAACUCAACAGUUCGUUAGAUUUGUUGGGGUGAGAUGGAUUUGUAUCAUGAGAGAGAGAGAGAGAGAGAGAGAGAGAGAGAGAGAGAGAGAGAGAGAGAGAGAGAGAGAGAGAGAGAGAGAGAGAGAGAGAGAGAGAGAGAGUUGAUACUUACCAGGCCUAUUGUACUUAAAUCUAGUCAUGUAUACCCAGAAAUGUUUUAGCUGUAACAUUGUGCUCCUCUUCCUGGAUUUUUAUUUUUCGCCAGAAAAUCCAGUCUGUAUUAUUUUAUUAAAUUUUUUCUUUCUCUUGAUGAAAUUCCAUUAUAUUGUUUAGCUGGGUUAA